AUGUCGGAGAAGAGCGUUCAUCUUCCGCGGGAACUUAUAGAGGAAAUCCUGUUGAGGUUGCCGGUGAAGACUCUACUACUCUGCAGGUGCGUCUGUGAGUCAUGGCUUUCCCUUAUCUCUGGUCCCGAUUUCGCAACUUCACAUUUUCAACUUGCAGCCUCAACGCCUGCCAAUAAACUUAUAUUCGUAGAAAGUUAUCCCGCUCCUGAAACCCUAUCCAUAGAUUUUGAUGCAUCACUCACCGAUGAUUCAUCAUAUUCUUUGCUAAGCCUUGAUUUUUUCGGUCUCCGAUCUCGUCGUGAUAUUGUUGGUUCUUGUAGAGGGUUUUUGUUUCUGCAGUGUGACUCACGCUUCUACCUAUGGAAUCCAUCCACAGGUGUUCACAAACACAUACCUUCCUCUAAUAUAACUAUGGCCCACACUUAUCGUUUUGUCUGUCUUUUGUGUGGCUUCGGAUACGACCCAUCAACCGAUGAUUACUUAUUAGUUUUUGUGUCACACAAAUACAACUAUGAUCCAUAUGAUCCAUUUUCUAUUGACUUAAUGAUUUUCUCAUUGAGAGCUAACAAGUGGAAGCAAAUUGAUUCUGGUUCUCAUUUUCCUUAUGUUAUUAAUGAUGGACAUCUUCCUAGAGCCGGGUUGCUCUUGAAGGAAGUUAUUCAUUGGGUUGCUUUUAAUUUUGAGACUUCAAGGUAUGCUAUUAUUGCCUUUGAUUUAAAGGAAACCAAAAUGUCAGAGAUUGCUCUGCCGGAUGAAUUUAAUUUGAGUGUUAGUAACACUUCUUCUAUAAAAUAUGAUUUGUUGGUAAUUGGAGGACUUCUUAGUGCAUGGAAUGUUGAGAAGUAUACAAUUGAGAUAUGGGUCAUGCAAGAAUACAAACUACAUUCAUCUUGGACUAAGACUCUUAAUUUCUCUUUUCAUUCUGCUAUGGAAUUUUCACCAUUAUGCUUUACAAAGUGUGGCAAUAUAGUUGGAACAGUUCGUGGUGGUGGAUUAGCAAAGUUUAAUGACAAAGGACAGCUAGAGUAUCUCUCUUAUGGUAACCGUUACUUCAAAAGAUCCAAAAUGACGGUAUAUAGAGAGUCUUUGCUUUCACUCCCUAGUGGCUCUAGAUGA